AUGGGCUCAAGGAUCCUGGUUUUGGCCACCGAACUUUACGCCAUAAAACACAGUAUUCGAGGUAAUUGACUACGUAUUCUAAUUUACUAUUAUUUGCAAACGCUUUACUACCGUUCCCCAACGCUUUACUAUCAUUCCCCAACGCUUUACUACCGUUCCCCAACGCUUUACUAUCAUUCCCCAACGCUUUACUACCGUUCCCCAACGCUUUACUAUCAUUCCUCAACGCUUUACUAUCAUUCCCCAACGCUUUACUAUUGUUCCCCAACGCUUUACUACCGUUCCCCAACGCUUUACUAUCAUUCCCCAACGCUUUACUACCGUUCCCCAACGCUUUACUAUCGUUCCCCAACGCUUUACUACCGUUCCCCAACGCUUUACUAUCAUUCCCCAACGCUUUACUACCGUUCCCCAACGCUUUACUAUCAUUCCUCAACGCUUUACUAUCAUUCCCCAACGCUUUACUACCGUUCCUCAACGCUUUACUAUCAUUCCCCAACGCUUUACUACCGUUCCCCAACGCUUUACUAUCGUUCCCCAACGCUUUACUACCGUUCCCCAACGCUUUACUAUCAUUCCCCAACGCUUUACUACCGUUCCCCAACGCUUUACUAUCAUUCCUCAACGCUUUACUAUCAUUCCCCAACGCUUUACUAUUGUUCCCCAACGCUUUACUAUCAUUCCCCAACGCUUUACUACCGUUCCCCAACGCUUUACUACCGUUCCCCAACGGUUUACUAUCGUUCCCCAACGCUUUAUACCGUUUCCUAACGCUUUACUAUCGUUCCCCAACGCUUUACUAUUGUUCCUUAACCCUUUACUAUGUAUCUCUCCCCAACGCACCACCGCUCAAAUUUUAUUUCUAAAUUGAAGAUGUUAAAAUAUAAAUAUAAAUAAUUGGGGGAACGGUUAUGCACCGUUGGGAACUAUAAUGCACUGGGUAACGAUUCUUCAUUGGCCCCAAAUUUUUUACUUUAUAGUAAUGAUCAAUCUUUUCCAGGUGGAUUUGCUGCCAAGUAUUCAAUGUUUGUUUAUAUUGGAGUUACUGUAAUCAGUUUUUUAGUAAGUUUGUUUCAAAUUAUGAUUUGUGAUAUAGGUAUACACAUUUUACGGAACUUUUUUUUUGAAAAUACGAUUACGACUAAUAGUAUAAUAUUGUUUUAGCUUACAAUUCCAUUUAAGAGGAACUUGGCUGUUAUGUACAACGGGAAUAAAUUCAAUUUACACAGUAAAACUAUGGUACGUUCAAUGAGAAGCUUUUUGUUAUUCAUUAAGUUUAGAUAUCAAUCCAACUUCGUUCCUUAUCAAUCUUAAAGUCAACCUUAUGGAUAUCUCUUCUUCGUAUGGCCUUAUGCCUUCCUUUAAUAAUAUAUAUGAUUCAAUUUAUGAUACCAGCAUGUCAGAUUACAGAAUCAAGAUACGCUGGGCUUACUCAUGACAUUAUUUUUGAAUUUUGCGACAUUUUGGUUAAUAUCUGGAUCAUGAAAGAAGAACCGAUGUUAAAGAAGCAGAUAUCAUGGUUAAAUAAUCGUACUGUAACUCCUAUGAGAAAUGCGUUGGGACAAGAUAUUACAAUUGAAAAUGGAGGUGAUAAACACUUUGAGGAUCUGAUGAGGAUGUGGGAACAUCGAACUUUGAAACAUUUGAAAUGA